AUGGCUAACUAUAUGACUGUCUUGCCCGGCUCUGUAACCACCGUACCUGAUGACACUGCUGUAUCGAACCUUCCCCGUGGUCAAGUCGAUUAUCUUUCCCAUGAAUGGCGAGAAGAAGAUGUAUGGCGCUCAUGGCGGAGCAUGACUCGCUUAAAGAACGAAAUUACAAAUGGAAUGAGGUUGGAGAACGCUUCCUGGCGCACGUGGUGGAAACAACGCAACAAGCUUAGCACUGUUAGCCCCGAGACCCUCAACUGGUUGAAAGAUUCUGAUGUUACGUGGCUAUACGGACCUCUUCACACGGCAGAUUACCCCGCCCCCACCCCCACCCCCAAACCUUCGCCGAACACUGCCGCUGCUCUCGAUCUCCCCAUACUCUCGUCAUCCCCGCCUACGACCAAGCCAAUUUUAAAGCACCGUUCUAUCAUGGAACUUCUAACUUCGGAUUUGCCUUCUUCACCGAUAUUUAGUCCUCCUGAAUCGGAAGAGGAUGAAAUACUUCAUAUGCAUUCUGAUUGUGAAGUCCCGAAACAUUUGUCGGGACUUGUUGUUGAAGGAAUGAUGAAGCGGCCACCUCUCACGCACACUAAGAGCGAUACGCAUAUUUCCCGCUGGGGUGACUGUAGGCGGGAUUCACCUCCGCGGAUCAUUGCAUCUGGAACUCCUGAGGUCCCCCCCGCCUCCAGGCAGGGGUCGUCUCCAGAUGCUGUGAUCGUGCCUGGCCAAAAGCGGAAACAUAUCAGCUUCAACACAUUUGUGGAACAAUGUAUCGCGAUCGAGAAGCCAAAGAAGAAGCGCACAACUUGGAAUGUUGAAUAUACUAAUUCCAAGACAGUGGGUUCAGACGAUGAUGGGUCAGUCUUUGCUUAUUUCCUUAUCGGUAUACACUUAUGGUUUUCCCGAUCAUCAAGAUAUGAUGAGGACUCCGAAGAUGGCAUCCUCGAUGAAACUGAUGAGCUUCUUUUUGGUGACGAAGACGAACGCCCUUGUCCUCGGUCUUCCCCACCACCCCAGAACACUUCUCCCUUCUCCUCUUCAACCUCGGAGGAGGAAGAUGAAGAUGAAGUCCUCGAGAUGCGCGUUAGGCAUGCUAACCCCAGUACCAUCCUACCUCCUCGAUCCUCCUCCCAUUCUUCCUCGUCCACCUCCUCCUCUUCCUCACGGUCACGCCCACCCAAACACCGCUCCGCAUCUUACUCAAUCCAUCAUAGACGAACCACUGCCAGCCCUCUCAUGCGCACACCCAGUUCAGAGAAGGAGCUGGUCACUAUCGCCCUCAUUGCACCAACUAUCUUGAAGACUAGAGCGGAAGAGGACGAGCACUACCCAUACGCCCGCUCCCAUGCUUAUCCUCAUCCACCAUCAAGUGGCAAGUGGUAUGCCUACGGCUCCCAGGAAUCACCCGUGGAGCUUGUCUAUGUACCCCCAAGCUAUAUUUGUGCAGACAUUGACAAUGUAAAUGGCGACGGGGUGGUCGACGACAUGUUGGCCGAGCCAUAUCAUAAAAGCUUAAAGCCAACACAGUUUUUCGAUGGCCCUAUCAUCGCGUCUCCCACUCCAGACGAGGAUGUGCCAAUGAAGGAGGUUGAUACUCGCGCAUACUUUGAGCAGCAUGAACGAGUUGAGCCUGAGCUUGAAGGUCCAGAGAGAGGGUUCCGCUCCUCCAACGGUGGCGCACGCAACGUUACUACUGCGCGGAACUUUGGGCGACCUGAAGUCGUCGUGAGCUCUGAGGAUACCUCUGGAGAACGCUCAUCGCGUUCCGACUCAAGAUCUCGUUCUAGAUCAAGGUCUCGUUCCAGGUCUCGGACACCAUCACCUUCGUUGGCAUCCAUACAGAUGCCGCCACAAAGUACAGCAGUCCCUGUACCCAGGUCUAGCUCGUUUUCGUCCCCAUCUGGAUUACUUCAGCCACCUGAAGCUCCUCGUGGCCGCUCUGCGUCAUCAUCGACAUUGUCUUCACAGGCCGAGGGGCAGCAGACACGAGGACGGAGUAUCACACGGACAUCUUCAUUCUCAGAUCGUGACAGUGAGAGUACGGAAAGCUUCGGGAGCCUCAGCCCUGACGGUGGAUUUGGACUGGCAAUCGGAAUUGGCAGUUCUUACGCAGGUGGCCGAGAUCGGGACGCGCGCAGCGAUCGCCAAAGGGAGGGAAUCGUACGCAUUGCGGAGCGAGGUCGGGAUCGUGUUGGGCGUCGAACAAAUUCGAAUUCAGGGUCAGGUUCAAGUUUGAGCCCAGAGGAUCCACGACCUACUGUGAUUACAGCACCACCACCAGAAUCACCGAAGAAGAAGUUCACGUCUGCGUCAUCCUCGUCUUCUGAUUCUUCAACGGUAUCAGGUGUUUCAGUGUCAACUAUGCGCCCGCCACCUCGGCUUAUGUUGGACACGGAACCUAGUACGCAGACUGAUCUAAUGCAAGCUGUUCCUGCCUCUGCCUCCUCUGUAUCAUCCUCGUCUACGGUCAUACCCUUUGCACCUAAUCAAACGCAGACAAUCCAGGAAGAGCAGGAGUGCAUUUCGCGACAACCUACGCCUGCCAACUCACCUACACUGAGUAUGCGCCCGGCCUUUCCCUCCUCGAAAUCCUAUUCCACUGCGAGCUCGUCACGGCAUGAUCGUAAGCCGUCGGCUGGUACGUCGAGAAGUCCUACAAGAGCCGACGAUCGACAACAGGGUGGUACACUCGUUGGGCGCGCUGUUGAGAUCAUGUCAAACGCAGGUGCCUUCCUAAAUUUGUUCUGGCAUAGUGGAACACAAGCGAGUGUUGCCACACCGUGA